UUGUGGAUGAAGUACCCUCCUGACCACAACUCUGAACUUAUAAUCCAGUUCACACGUAGUUCAAUUCAGGUUAUAGAGUCUGUUAAUUGCAAUUAAAAAUCAUCCCCGAAAUUUCUAAAUUUAUCGGCCAUGUUAAAGCCCUCUGCCCGUAUUCAGGCACUUUCGAGCGGUGGGGCAGUAGGCCCUAUGCCAGGCUCAGUUGAGGAGUCGGACUUUGUAAUCGCGGACAAUGCAUCGAGGAGUGUGGACCACGAGGAGACAACAAACCGGAGAGAUCUCCGUCAAACAGCCGAUGAUCCUGUCGGACUGGAAGUCAGGAACAAGAGGGUGUUGUUGUUCAGGGAUUUCAUGUCAGAAACAUCCUUGCACGGUAUCAAGUACGUCACGAACUCCAAGUAUCACAUAUGCAGACGCUUCGUAUGGCUGAUUCUCUUCUUGGCUGCCUGGACCGGCUUCAUCAUUCUCACUGCCGACCACUUUCGCACUUUCUCUGAGUUUGACACCACUACAUCAUUGAGCUACAUGCCUGUGUCCAAUCUGACCCUCCCAGCUAUCACCAUCUGUAACUACAACGCUUUCAAGAAGUCAGCCGUCAUCGAGUCUGGAUGGGAGUCUUUGGUUCCUCACCUACUUCCUUUCUUAACCACCACUUCUUUCCCCCAAAACGAAGUGGAUGUUACUUCUCCUGACUACGAGAAUCUUACCUUCCCUGACUGGGAAGCAGAAGAACUUAGCACGAGAUGGGGGCACAGGAUCGAAGAUAUGUUACUGGAAUGUCGAUGGAAGCAAAGCUUCACCUGCGGCCCACAAGACUUUGAGAUGACCUGGACAGACUUUGGUCCGUGCUUCACAUUCAACGGGGGAGACGACAGGCAACCUGGGGGUGGUGAGUCACCUUACGUGGCAAAUGACUCCACCUCGGAAGAAGGAUUGUGGCUGCGAUUAAACCUUGAGCAACACGAAUACAUAGCUACACCGUUCGAUACGGCUGGAUUUAGGAUUCUGAUCCAUAGUCGAUAUGACGCAGCUACAUUCGUCAACCCUGGCAUUAUCCAAGCAGCGCCUGGCUUCACUACUAUCGUACCCCUCACUAAACGAAUAAUUAAUGCCAAAAAAUACCCGUAUGUGACGAACUGCACAGACGGCGGUCUGAAGUACUACGCCACCUACACACCAAAUACUUGCUUGCUUGAAUGCAUGGCCGAUGCUGUCUUGGAGAAAUGUGGAUGUUACAUGCCAUGGAUGUCAGCUCCUUUAGGAGGAGAUCAAGAAGUCUGCGACUUGGCGAUAGUUGCAGCGUGUGGAUUCGAUGCUUUAGUUGGUGUGAAUUGCACUUGUAAUAUGCCUUGCACUGAGGAACAAUACAUGACUCGCGUGAGUCACACAGCCACCCCCGCGCAGUAUGCCAUACCAAAACUGAGUGCAAAAUACAACAUGACCGCAGAAGAACUCAGAAACAAUAUUGUUGAUCUGUAUGUCUACUUUGAGGACAUGAGAGUAACAGUCAUCGAACAUAAAGAGGCCUACGAUUUCGCCAAAUUAACAAGUGACAUUGGAGGCGCACUGGGCCUGCUGCUUGGAGCUAGUGUCCUGACCGUGUUUGAAUUCUUGGAUUAUCUAGCUGUGUAUCAUUUGUUUGGCCUCACGCUCCUCAAAAAUUCCUGCCAGAGAAUCAUGGAUUCUUAAUCUUGAGGAUUAUCAACACCAAUGGUGCUUCAAAAGCUCUCUACAACGAGUGUAGUGCAGGAGGCGCAAAACCGGACAAAAGCUGGACUCAAGGCUACUUUGACUUGAUUCCCUUCGA